GUUUACAUGAUACCUUACAAGUCCCAAUUUUAUGAUUUUUGUGAUUCUUUUCAUUUCCAAGAUCUUUGUUCGAGGAAUGAGAUGGUGACAAAAGAAGAAGAUUGUCUUCCUCCUGCCACAGAGCCGUCAAGAUGUUAUUCACCUUCUUCUUCGACUCCCCUUGGAGAGUUAGAGACUAUUCGAAGCUUAGAAAUCGUGGAACCAUCCUUUCUCUCUCCCGUUUGGUUACUGGUGAUCUUUUGUAUCAUUAACUUGUUAAACUACAUGGAUCGAGGUGCGAUAGCAAGCAAUGGUGUUAAUGGUAGUACUAAGAGUUGUAAUGAUAAGGGCAAAUGCACCCCUGCAACUGGAAUUCACUUCAAUCCAUUUAGACUUAUUGGAGUAGGCUUAACUGUUUGGACUGUUGCAGUUCUUGGCUGUGGCAGUUCCUUUGCCUUUUGGUUUAUCGUCUUAUGUCGCAUGUUUGUUGGUGUAGGUGAAGCAUCUUUCAUUAGUCUUGCAGCUCCAUUUAUAGAUGAUAAGGCUCCUCAUAAGCAGAAAGCUGCAUGGCUUGGACUGUUUUACAUGUGUAUACCAAGUGGUGUUGCUCUGGGCUAUGUCUAUGGCGGAUACGUCGGAAAACAUUUUAGUUGGAGAUAUGCGUUUUGGGGAGAAGCGGUUUUAAUGGCUCCAUUUGCUGUUCUUGGUUUCUUGAUGAAACCUUUGCAGUUAAAAGGGUUUUCUUCUACUGAUUCGAUAAAGACGGUUCGAUCAAUUGAAGUAAUGUCUUCAGAGAUAUCUAAAAACAACAACCAUCUUCAAGCUGGUAAUGCGAUUGAGAAUGAUGAAGUUCAGGUCUCCAUUGAAAAGUAUAAGUCAAGCUACACGAACUCAGUUUGGAAAUCAAUAACUCAAUUUGCGAGAGACAUGAAAGUCCUAUGCAAAGAAAGGGUCUUUGUUGUUAAUGUCUUAGGUUAUGUAGCGUACAACUUUGUUAUUGGUGCAUAUUCAUAUUGGGGACCAAAGGCCGGUUAUAACAUUUAUAAAAUGAGAAACGCUGAUAUGAUCUUUGGGGCAGUAACCAUCGUUUGUGGGAUCGUUGGAACUUUAUCUGGUGGUUUUAUGCUCGAUCAUGUCACCUCUACAAUACCAAAUGCUUUCAAGCUCUUAUCUGGAGCAACAUUUCUCGGGGCGAUAUGUUGCUUUACUGCAUUUACCUUAAAGAGUUUAUACGGUUUCAUAGCUCUCUUCGCCAUAGGAGAGCUUCUUGUGUUUGCUACACAGGCUCCUGUGAACUAUGUGUGUUUGCAUUGUGUGGAACCAAGUUUAAGACCAUUAUCAAUGGCCAUCUCCACGGUCGCAAUUCACAUACUUGGCGAUGUUCCAUCUUCACCUCUUGUUGGUAUAGUCCAGGAUCAUAUCAACAGUUGGAGAAAAACCGCGUUGAUUCUUACAUCGGUUCUGUUCUUAGCUGCUGCAAUAUGGUUCAUAGGGAUAUUCAUAAACAGUGUAGAUAACUUUAAAGAAGAUGCUGAAAGUGAGAACCGGAGCAGGCAAGAACAAUCGAGUCUGAAUCCAUAAAUACAUAAAGCUUGUGUGUUGUACAGUUUCAUUCAAAACGCCAUUCGGAUAUACACGUUUUUAGAGAAAAAAAAAAGUGAUUUCGCUAUUUUAGGUGUGUUCAAAACAUAACUGUUUUUAAGCGUACCCCAAACGCUCUAUUCACCUCACCAUUUCUAUUUAUUCGACAAUUCUAGUAUGCUAGGUAUGUGCAUUUGUUUGAAUCUGAACAAGAAAUCCUGAAUCCAUACCCGAUUUGAUUUGUAAAAACACUUAAAGCUGGAUCUGAUACCAAAG